ACGGCGUCUGCAGGGAGUCCGCGCUGCCCGUAAACAAGCUCUGCUAACCGAGUUUUCUAAGCUCGGUGCCAGGAGAGCUGGGGAUGCCGCAGCAGAGGCGCGGGGGGCGGAGACAAGCCGUCGGCAGCCCCGGAACCGGCAGGGCUGGCCUGGAGGAGGAGGAGGAAGAGAGUGCUGGGUAUGGCGGCGCCCGCAGCGCUGCAGCGGAGCGUGGUGUCCCCCGCGGGCAGGCACACCGCCUCCCUCAUCUUCCUGCACGGCUCAGGCCAUAUACACCUAUGAAAGGAGCCUUUUCCAAUGUGUGGUUUGACAGGUAUAAGAUCUGUAAUGACGUUCCUGAACACAUUGAAAGCAUCGAUUCCAUGUGCUUGGGCCUUACAGAGCUGAUCAACGAUGAGGUUAAGAACGGCAUUGCCAAGAAUAGGAUACUCAUAGGAGGCUUUUCGAUGGGAGGUGGAAUGGCAAUGCAUUUGGCAUAUAGGUUUCAUCAGGAUUUGGCAGGAGUCUUUGCCUUAUCUAGUUUUCUCAAUAAAGACUCUGCUGUUUACCAGGCUUUGAAAAGAAAUGAUAGUGCUCUUCCAGAAUUAUUUCAGUGCCAUGGAACUGCUGAUGAACUAGUUCUCUACUCAUGGGGUGAAGAGACCAACAAGAUGUUAAAGUCCCUGGGAGUAUCAGCAUCACUUCAUACUUUUCCAAACCUCAAUCAUGAGCUGAACAGAACUGAAAUAGAGAAACUAAAAUCCUGGAUUGUAAAGAAAUUACCUGUUGAAGCACCAAAGGCAAAUGAAUAAAUGAAGAUUCGGCCUCA